UGGUUGUAGUUAUUUCUUGCAGUAUGUUGAAUUACUUGAUCGGAAUUACAGUUGGUAUAGCUCUAUGAUAAUCAGAAGUUGUUAUUGAACUUUUUGACACUCGGUAAUGUGAAAUUACGUGACAGAUUUAUGUCGUAAUUAGUUUUGAAGGUCUUAGUUUUUGUUUGCGAACUGUUUUUCUGAGGAAUUGUUUAGUAAAAUCAGUUAUACUCGCGAGACAACGCUGAUACUUUUAGUGUUAUUAUCCAACAAAAAUUGAUGUGAUUUUGAUAGUUUUGAAAAGUAAUUAAUUAUACUUAAUCACGGCGAUGUCUUUCAUGUCCAAUUCGAGUGGUCCAUACGACGUGUUAAUCAAGGUCAUGAUGCUGGGCCACUCAAGUGUGGGUAAGAGUUCUAUGGUCAGCAGUCUCUGUGAACAACCCUUCUCCCCCUCCCACUUACACACCAUCGGAAUCGACUUCAGGGUCAAACACUACCAUCUAAAAGGAAAGCGCGUGAAGCUGCAGGUGUGGGACAGUGCGGGUCAAGAAAGAUAUGACACUAUAAUUAAACCCUACUACCGGGAGGCACAGGCAUUCGUGCUAGUGUUCGACCUCACAAACAGAGACACAUUCGACCAGGCUAGUCUAACUUAUUUAUCACGAGUAGCACCCCUCCCCCUACCCCUCCCCUUACCCUACUACAGGGAGGCACAGGCAUUCGUGCUAGUGUUCGACCUCACAAACAGAGACACAUUCGACCAGGCUAGUCUAACUUAUUUGUCUUGA